AUGGAACACCCAGCAUUUACAUUGAGUGGCCUCUGUGCCGUUGGAGGCUUUAUGGGCUACUUCCGUAAAGGCUCCUUGCCAUCCUUGAUUGCCGGAUCAUCCAUGGCCAUCCUCUAUGGGACCGCAGGAUACUUAUUAAAACAGAAUGCUGAUUGGGGACUUGAAUUGGCCUUGGGUUCGUCCACCGCAUUAUUAUUUGCUGGAUUAUCUAGAAGUGCCAAAACUCAAUUCAAAAAACCAGUUCCUCUAGUCCUUUUAGGAUUGGGUGGGUUAUCCAGUUUGUACUAUACUAAAAAGUAUAACGAAUUCUACCCUUUCUUUUAA